CUGCGGCUUCCGGUGACGUAACCCGGUGCGGUACAUGCAGCCCGUUUACGGCUCACCUGGACACCUCCGACGGUAACAAGUGACACCUCCGACGGUAACAAGUGAGCUCCCGGUGUCACCGUGAUGUACCGGUACCGAAGCGUAAGCUAAGCUCCGAAACGAGCCCGCUAUUGGCCGUGUUUACGUCACGUGUGUUUAAGCGAACCGGUUCCGGAUGAAAAGCAGCUAAAGCGACUUGGAGCCGCUGUGACGUAGAUGACUGAAGGCACGCGGACAGUUGUUUAGGUCCCCCCAGAGCCGCGCGCGCCCGCGCGGGAGAGGACAGCCAAGCUAACCUAUGCCAGCCGCGUUAGCGUUAGCAGCAGUCAGCUGACCGCCGCCCGCGGAGCAGCAUGGAGCCGCUGAAAGUCAAGGACCGCAUUCUGGAGAACAUCUCCCUGUCCGUGAAGAAGUUGCAGAGUUAUUUUGCCGCCUGUGAGGACGAAACUCCAGCCAUCCGGAACCACGACCGCGUUCUUCAGCGUCUGUGCGAACACCUCGACCACGCUCUGCUCUACGGGCUGCAGGACAUCUCAUCAGGAUACUGGGUCCUGGUCCUGCACUUCACCAGGAGAGAAGCUGUCCGACAAAUCGAUGAGCUCAAACACAUCGCAACCAACCUGGGUCGAAGCCGGGCCUGGUUGUAUCUGGCUCUGAGUGAGAGCUCUCUGGAGAGCUACCUGCGCCUGUUCCAGGAGAACCAAGGGCUGCUGCAGAAGUAUUAUUUCAAGAACGCCCUGGUCUGCAGUCACGACCACCUCACACUCUUUGUCACUCUGGUGUCGGGUCUGGAGUUCAUUCGCUUCGAUCUGGAUCUGGACGUUCCCUACCUGGACGUGGCCCCCUAUAUGCCCGAGUACUACAAACCCCAGAACCUGCUGGACUUUGAAGAAAGGCUGCCCAGUUCUGACAGCCUGUCUCUGCAUUCCUUCACUUCCCUCACCUCAACCAACCUGGAGUGGGACGACAGUGCCAUAGCUCCAUCCAGUGAAGAUUAUGAUUUUGGUGACAUCUUCCCCGUGUUGCAGUCAUUGCCAAGUGCAGACUGGGAAGAGGGGGACCUGACGGAUCAGGCCAGCUGCCCUCGGUCCAGCGGCUCGGACCCCCAGACCAUCAUCGGUGAGAUGGGCCUGCUUUCUGGCUCCGCUAAGGGGAAGUCCACAGCGCGCCUUUUUCCACACAGCCCUACAUCUCGACACAAUCCUUUCAACGAAGACUCGGAUACGAAUCCCUCGGCAAACGCCACGCCGGUUCAUGUGGCCGAGAGUUGCGACAUCAGCGCCGCCAAGGAUGGGAGUGGCUGCGUCCAGCUGGAGGUCAUCAGGAUGGCCAAACGAAGGAAACCAGCCAAAAAACGGCGAGGAAAAGGCUCCACGGAUUCCAACGGCAGCAUCUGUAACCCUGGUUCCUCUGAGUGUGUGGAACUGGACCACAGCAACGCCACCCUAGAGGAGAUGGGGUCCAUCAACAGCACUUUAGUCCAGCUGGACAGUGAAGGAGAGCCGAGCAGGAGCAGAGGUGGAUCAGAGGUCAUUGAUGAAGAUGAAGCUGAUCUCCUGCGGCUCCCAAAAAUGGCAGACACCUCCAUGGAGAGUGUCGGUCAGCCGCUCAGGGACGUCAUGGAUAGACUUAGUGGUUCUUGGGAGAACCCAGAAGGAGAAAAAGAGGAGGAAGUUUGUGUUGAAGGGCCCGAGCCUCCUGCCCAGCAGCCCUUUCCAGAGGAUUCAGAGGGAAAGCCCCCCGACCCUUCUGUUGCCGCCCAGGACUGCAGCCCCCAGCGGGCCUUUCCCCCGUCUGCAGACACACUCUGCAUUAUCCCCAACGGUCCAGACUCUGCUGACUCGAGUGGUGGCCACCAUGACUCUGCAGGGCCUAGCCAGUCAGAAGCUCCAUCAGGUGGCCCUGAAGAUGAAGGAGAGGCAGAAGCACCAGGAGGACUCGGCCUGAAGGAGGAGAGCAUGGAAGGAGCAGACCCCAUCACCGCGACAGCAGCCCGGGAAGCGGGAACGGAGGAGACGGACAGUCUCUCCGAAGGAUCUCAUCCUGCAGAGUUCAGAGUGGACAACAACCAUCUGCUCCUUCUGAUGAUUCACGUGUUCAGAGAGAACGAGGAGCAGCUCUUCAAGAUGGUGAGGAUGAGUACGGGUCACAUGGAGGGGGACCUGCAGCCGCUCUACCUGCUGCUCACAGACGCUUACAUCUACAUGCUGAGAAAAGGAGCAGCAGAGAAGCCUUACACCGUGGAAGAUGCCGUCUCUUACAACGAGCUGGACUACGUCUCUGUGGGUCUGGAUCAGCAGGCGGUGACGCUAGUUUGCACCAACAGACGAAGGACGUUCCUGUUGGACACGGCGGAUUCCUCCCUGACUAUCUGGUUCCUGUCUGUUCUCCAGUCCGCUAUGGUCCAAGGAUACCGGGAGCCUCCUUAUCCCUGCGUUCUGACAGACGCCACCAUGGAGAGGCUGGCUCUGACCAAGUUCGUGUCCCAGGAGUGUUCAUGUGAGGUUUCUGAAGUGUCAAUUCUGCUCUAUUCACUGAUUCAUUGGGAGGAUCCGUUGGACAUGACUCUGUCUCCUCAAAGAAGCUCACACAGCUCAGGACUUUCCCCCAACACUAAAGAAGGAAGUCUGGAGUACAAAUGUGGAACCUCAUACCUGGGCAAGGAGCUUUGGAAGAGCUGCUACCUGAUUCUGAGUCAUGGGAUUUUGUACCUGUAUGCAGAGAGAACUGACGUGACACCUGUCCUGUCUGUCACCAUGGGGGGCGAACACUGUGGAGGCUGCCGUCGGUCAAACAGCACAGAGCGCCCCAAUGUGUUUCAAGUUAUCCUGACAGAGCGCCCCCCUCUGGUGCUCAGUGCAAACGACGAGGAGGAAAUGGCUGAUUGGAUGCAGCUGCUCUGCCAGUCCGUCUCUAAAGGAGUCAUCCCUCAAGGUGUGACCCCCUCACCUUGUAUCCCCUGUUGUCUGGUGGUGACAAACGAGAAGCUCCUAACUUGCCAUCAGGACUGUCAGACCAGCUUUUUCCGAUCUUUGGGAAGUGCUGACAUCUGUGAUGUAACCAGUGUCAGUCUGGAGCCCGACAAGGAGUACUGCAUCAUUGAGUUUGCCGCAGAUCGGACACGGUUCCUUCCUCCGUGGGUUCUGUACUUCAGCGGCUGUGAAGAGAGAGGCCGUCUUCUGCGGGCGUUAGACGGAGCAUGGAAAGCCAUCUUUCAGGUGGACCUUCUCCACAAAGACGUGUUUGAUGCACCGGUGCAGAAGCGCUGUGGGGAGGCUCUGGAGCUGAUGAAGAGUGCCUGGCAGCGAGCAGACAGUCUGGCUCGUGGCCGAGCCCAGCGGGAACCGUGGUGCUGAAGGACGUUUGAGGCGUGACGGGUGAACCUCCCAGCGGACAGUGACCCGCCUGUGCGGCUCUGACCAAACAUUUGAUGGAGAAGUUCCUGUAAGAAACACAGCGGUCCGUUCUGAUGAAACAUGAAGACGUUUCCCUCCAAAGCAACAGCAGCUUGAACAAAUACUCUGAAGGAUUCAAGCCUUGGCCUGCUAGUUAGAGACAGAACCAUCGUCAGGGGAUGGCAAGUUCAUUUCUAAGCACUUUGUCACCAAGAGAAAGGAACUCCUUUUCCUGGAUCCACUUUGUUUCUUGAGGGUACAUGUGACGUUUACAGCCUCUACGUUCACAAGAUCUGCUGCUUUUGACAACUCUGAGGAUGGAAAACGGUUCCGAUGGCAAACGGUCCUCCGUAUUUUGAGGUUUGCAGUCACCGACAGCUUCUACUCUUACCGAUUGGGAGGUCUGUGUGGAGCACAUGCUCUCAUGCCGUGACACACGUCUUCUCUGCCGGCAGGAUGAAUGGAUGUUCUCUCACAGACUGGAGUGGAUUUCUCCUCUUUGUUACACUCUAAAGUAGAACAUCGCUGGGUUUUGUUGUCAGAAAAGUGGGGGCAGGUUUUGUCAGACGUGGGGUGUCGAGUCUGUCAUGAAAUGAGCUUCAUGUGAGUCUUGAGGAUAAACUUGGACACUUUCAUGCUCUGCUCUAGCUUGUAUUGAGCCUCCUGUGCUCUGGUCUGAAGAUUAUAACGCUCAGAGGCUUUCUGCUCCUCCAAAGCCUCUCAAGUCGUUAAAAAUGAAUGUUUGGGAAAUAGUAAUGUGUGCAUUGAUGCAGGAGAAACAGAAGGUCUUCAGUUUUCCUUUGCGUUCAUGUCAUGAACACUUCUUUUACGCCGUAAAACUGUCAGUUGGUUUGUUACUUUUAGUGUUGUGAGGUUUUUGUCUUCCUGCAUAUCAAGUCUGAACUUUACCCAGUAAAUGUUUUCAGCAGAGAAGUGCAUGAAGUGUCUGUUACUCUGCAUGGAGCCUCCACUCGUCUGCACAAGUGCCACUGCGUCUCACUAAUCGCUCCUUCUUUUUAGGAAAUCUAACCUCAGGUGGGAAAGAGACUCACUGGAUGUGCUUCUUUGUUUGUGUCACAUUUUUAUACCUAAUGGCUUUGCUUUGUAAUCAGACUGAAGGGCUGCAGUGAUGCACUGAUUUCCAGGAAAUCCUGAAUAAUUUAUGGGUUUUAAAGGAGCCCUGAGGUCCUUCCUGAGGGACUUGAGUGAGUCCGAUUGCGGCGUUGGAAGGAACCUGACCGCUUUGUGGGAUUAUCAGGAAAAGUGUGUCUGAGCAGUGUUGUUCACCAUUGCUGGUCAAUGACUGUAAGACGACCAAACAUCUGACAUAUGGUACGUUCUGAUGAAAGGUUUUCUUUGCAGAUGACCUGCUUUAAUUUCCCACAUGAAGAAUUGCACAAUCUGAAGGUUUUAUAGUGCUUGUUUUGAUGCUUUAGUUCAAGUAAAACAAAGCGGAAUAAACAGAUCAGAAGCUGAAAGUGACAUUACUAAUGCUAUCCAUUAUUCAAGUCAGUGAAUAGAACUCAGCCUUCAUGCAAUAAUUCAGAUUUGAAGGAAAUCCAGCUUUUGGAAAGGAUUCAGGUGAAACCGUAAAUUAAAUGUUUGUCUUGGAUGUUUCUGUUUUCUUUGUGGACUUCUGACCUGCUUUAUAAUAAAGUUAUUAAACAAUG